AUGGCCACUAAUACAAUGUACCCUAUGGUGAGCUUUGUUCUUUUGGCAAUUCUUCGUGGCGUCCUAUGCACGGAAUUUAAUGUAAGGAACGACGCAAUCUCUACCCCAGGUGGUUUGCGGUUCGAGAAAGAGAUCGGAAAUGCUUACACAAAGGAUAUGAUGGUAAAAACUACCAAUUUCAUAUGGAAUAUGUUGAAGGAAGACAAGGCAGAAGAUAAGAAGAUAGUAGACAAAGUUGAGAUUGUCGUAUCUAAUUACAUUGGAGCCGAGGCCAUAACCUACGGGACAACGAUUAAUAUCAGCUCCGUAUACGUGGAGGGUUACAAAGGUGAUGUAAAGUGGGAGAUCACAUCGCUUAUGUACCACGAAAUGACCCAUGUUUGGCAAUGGAACGGGGCUGGCAAAGCACCGGUAGGGUUGGUAGAGGGAAUAGCGGAUUACACUAUCUUACAAGCGAAUUACUAUCCUCCUGCAUUUGCGAAACCCGGAAUGGGCGACAAAUGGGAUCAAGGAUACGACUUCACGGCACGAUUUCUCGAGUAUUGCGAGAGUUUAAAGCCAGGGUUUGUUGCGUCCCUAAACAAGAUGAUGAAAGAUUCAUUUAGUGUAGAAUAUUUUAAAGUCUUGCUAGGGAAAUCUGUGGAUCAGUUAUGGAAAGAAUAUAAAGCAAAAUAUAGUGGUGGGAAAGUUGGGAGAAAAUUGUCACUAAACUAG